AUAGACGUGAUAAGAAGAUGGCUGAUCCCGACAGUAAAAUCUUUUGUACAAAAUACUCCCAUUGGUUUGCAUAAUUGGAGGAAUCGAACCCAACCUGGGUCAUCACUAUUGAAUGCUCGCCAGUUUUCAACAAUAGUACAAGUCAUUGAACUUGCAAAAGAUUAUAAUUCACUGCUCGAGAUUCUUUUAUGGGUUCUUGAAAAUUCCAUGGAGAAAAGCUUAUUCCAAUUGAUUAUCGAUACAUUUAAACGUCAUGAAAUGAUUUGGUCAGCCAUGGGAAAAUCUGAAUUAAUAUUAGAGACUCUUACGAAGAAGAAUGAGAAAGGUUCUACCGACUUAUGCAUAACAAAGUACUUGUCCAGCUUAUUACCGGAAACUUGUGGCGAGAAGAAAUUAAAGCUAGAAAGAGAUUUACAAUCCUUUACUUUUAACAAG